UUAAUGCAGAAAAAUAUUUAGUAUUAAAACUCUAGACUUUGAUUUACAACUUUGAUUUGCAAGCAUUACUAUAUAUUAAUAAACAAAACUAACACAGUUAUUUACUAAGAUAUGGAAUCUCCUUCAACAUCUGCUACUCAAUCAGCAGACGAAGAUGACGAAAAUAUUAUCCAUUAUGAUAAUGAUCUCAAAAAUCAUUUAGAUGUCAAUCUUAAUCCCAGUAAUUCAUCUCAAGCAUCUAUUUGUAAAUCUUCGACAGGUACUUGUGUACUACUUGCUCUUAAUGGUUUUGAAUAUUGUCACAAACACAUCUUAGAAGAUGACAAGAGUCCCCAUCAGCAAUGCAGUUUUCUUUCAAAAAUUGAUAUGUUAAGAUGUUGUAAUCCAUCUCAAGAUGAAAAAUCUUCAUUGUGUGUUACCCAUUUACGUGCAUUUGAAAAAAGAAAGGAAAGAAAUCUAAAGAGAAGAAAGGAAAGAAAAUUGGGACAACAGCAACAGCAGAAACAACAGCAUUUCAAUAAUGCAGAUGUUCCAUUGAAGAAGUCAUUUUCAGUUUUAAAAGAUAAAAAACUAAAAGCACUCUCAGAAUCAUCGUCAGAUCAAGAAGAAAUAAGUUUUUAUACUGACAGUACUAAAGUUGAAAAGAUUGACUGCCUAUGGCUAGGAAAUCAAGCCAGUGAUGCUGAAUCAACUGAUAGUGACGAUGAAGGUUUGUUAAAUCGUGCAGGUGUAUGGACGUUGGAAGAAUGCGUGCAAAUUUGUAGAGAUAAAAUACUUCGUUUGCGUGCAUUGUAUGUUCAACAGUUUAAACGCAUUCAAUAUAUAUUGAAAGAAGAGCGUCGAAAAAUGUUAAUGGCAUAUGAUAUGGAUCCACAUAUACUCUCAAAAGUUGGUUUUGCAAAAAUUCAUGGUGAUUCGGAGAAAGAUUAUAAACUCGAUAUGUAUCUUCAAAACUAUCAGCAAGUAACUGGCCCUGCCCUACUUUGUGAAAAGCUAAUGAAGGAAAAAAGAUUGAAAGGGACUACAUUGAGUUCUAGAAGGCCUGAACUUCCACGUUGUCAAAUGAAUGUAAACAACCAACGGUGUAUUAAAAAAGUUCUUCCGUUUUCGAAAUACUGUUAUGAUCACAUAUUAAACGAUUCUGAUCAGUAUCUUUACAUAUCGUGCAUAAAUCAAAAAAAUAAAGUUUUUACGGAACAAUGCCUAAAUCCUGUUGAAGGUUUUCUUAAAAAAAUUGCUUGUCGUAACCAUAAUGUUAUGCUAUCCAAUGCUAUGGAUCAAGCUUGGCACAAUUAUAAAUUGAUUAAAAGAACUCACAAGCAAAAAUGCAAAAGAAAAGAUAACAGAUUCAAAGUGUUAAAAUCUAAAAAAAGACAUCCCGGAAGAAGGAAAGAAAACCUUUCAUCAGGUGUUAGUCCCACAGUUGCGAAUUCAAGCUCUUCUGUUACUUUAAAAUCUCCUCCAAUAGAAUUUUUUUCUGACUUGUUAACAACAAGUUCUACUAACAAUGAUGAAUCCAAUAAAACAUUUCAGCAUGUUUCUUCAGUAGCUCUUAAUAAGUCUUUUUGAUGAAAAUUUAUUUUCAGCUGAAAGUAAAAUUUUGAAUUUCUCCUAAUAAAUUAAUAGUUGGCUGUUUGAACAACCAAUUUUUGUUGACAUAGACUGUAACUAUAUUUCUAGAGAAAAAAAGUGAUUCCAUUA